UCCCCGUGGUAUAUAAAGCAGAACAAUGCAAAGUGCGUGACGGCGCAGGGGGUGGAGUUGGAUGGGGGUGGGAUGCCCUUUACGACAUUUUAUGGUAACGGAAGCUCCGGUGCCUGGCCCCCGAAACGUCGACUCAGCGUGAUUCAUCUCCCAAUCCUGGAAGUAACGAACGGAGGCUGCAACCCUGGAAUAUAAGGCGAGGAAUUAUUAUCAUCAUACAACUUUCAUCGACUCGGGCGAGGCAAGGCCAACAGUCCCAGGUGUAUAAAUACCUCGACUCGCUCCCACGCGCGGGGUCUUGGGCGAGGGUACAGACCAGCAGGGCUUGCGGUAGCAGCGGCGUCUACUCAAGGUUUCUACUCUCUCGGCGAUCCUCGCAACGCACCUGGAGCAGCUAACUCGGCCGGGUCCCACACAUCGCCAAGUCAUGUCAGAGAGGAGGAAGAGCCCCACGAGUCGCCCCCUCGCGCCGUGGCUCCUGCUGGCGCUGUGCGCGGUGCUGUGCGGCGCCGCCGCCGAAGGAGGAGAGACGACGAAUCCCUGCUGUUCCUUCCCGUGCCGGAACAGGGGCGUCUGCACGGAGUACGAGCACGGACGCUACGAGUGCGACUGCACCUACACGGGAUACCACGGCAAAAACUGCACCAUACCGGAGCUGCGCACGGCCAUCGUAAGGAUGCUGAAGCCGAGCCCAGACACGGUGCACUGGAUCCUCACCAACUUCCCCGCCGUCUGGGACGUCGUCAACAGCAUCUCCUUCCUGCGCGACGCCAUCAUGCGCUACGUCCUUGUGUCGCGCUCGGACCUGAUCGACAGCCCACCAACCUACAACUCGGUGUACGGGUACAAGUCGUGGGAGGCGUACUCCAACCUGUCAUACUUCACGAGGAUCCUGCCGCCCGUGCCGCGGGACUGCCCCACCCCCCUGGGCGUCGCAGGCAAGCCCCAGCUACCCAGCGCCAAGCUCGUGGCCGAGCGGCUGCUGCUUCGCCGUCAGUUCAAGCCCAACCCGCACGGCUCCAACCUCAUGUUCGCCUUCUUCGCACAGCACUUCACUCACCAGUUCUUCAACACGGACCCCGUGCGGGGCCCCGCCUUCACGCGCGCGCUCGGCCACGGGGUCGACCUGAACCAUAUCUACGGAGGAACGCUUGAGAGACAACACCAGCUGCGGCUCUUCAAAGACGGGAAAUUAAAAUUCCAGAUGAUCGACGGGGAGGCGUACCCGCCGGUGGUGCGCGACGCGCCGGUGCACAUGGUGUACCCGGAGCACGUGCCGGCGUCGCUGCGCUUCGCCGUGGGCCACGAGGUGUACGGCCUGCUGCCGGGCCUCCUCGUCUACGCCACGGUGUGGCUGCGCGAGCACAACCGCGUGUGUGACGUCCUGCACGCUCGGCACCCGCGCUGGGACGACGAGCGACUCUUCCAGACCGCGCGCCUCAUCCUCACCGGCGAGACGAUGAAGAUCGUGAUCGAGGAGUACGUGCAGCACCUCAGCGGCUACAACUUCCACCUCAAGUUCGACCCCACGUUGCUGUUCGGCGUCAACUUCCAGUACAGCAACCGAAUGUCGCUCGAGUUCAACCACCUCUACCACUGGCACCCGCUCAUGCCGGACUCGCUGCUCAUCGACGGGCGCAACUACAGCUACGACGAGUUCCUCUUCAACCCCGGGCUGCUCGCCGACAAGAAGCUCAUGCCGCUUGUGCGGAGCUUCAUGCGCCAGCGAGCCGGCACGGUGUCGGGCGGUCGAAACAUCAACAAGAACCUCCUGCACGUGGCGACGAGCAUCAUCGAGCAUGGGCGCACGCUGCGCCUGCAGUCGCUCAACCAGUACCGCCACCGCUUCAACAUGCGACCCUUCACCUCCUUCCUGGAGCUCACAGGCGACGAGGCGAUGGCAGCCGAGAUGGAGGAGCUGUACGGCGACGUGGACGCCGUGGAGUUCUACGUGGGCCUCCUGGCCGAGAAGGCGCGCCAGGGCUCCAUGUUCGGCGAGAGCAUGGUGGAGAUUGGGGCGCCGUUCUCGCUCAAGGGUCUCAUGAGUAACCCCGUGUGCUCGCCGCUCUACUGGAAGCCGAGCACCUUCGGCGGCGACGUGGGCUUCGAGAUCAUCAACACGGCGUCGCUGCGCAAGCUCGUGUGCCAGAACACCGUGGGGCCGUGCCCCCGCAUCUCCUUCGCCGUGGCCGAGACCGAGCCGGGGCACCGGUGCGGCGAGGGGGUUCACUGUGAGCUGUGAUGACGGAGCGUCGUGUGUCGUGUCGUGUGUCCGUGUGUGUGUGUGUGUGUCCGUGUGUGUGUGUGUCCGUGUGUGUGUCGAGUCGGUCGUGUGUCAUGCGGGUGUGUCGUGUGUCAUGCGUGUGUGUCGUGUGUCAUGUGUGUGUCGUGUGUACGUCAGGCAAACGGCAGUGUAGAGGUUAGAGCGUGGAGCUACAAACCCGGUGGCGCAAGUUCAAACGAUAUCAUAACUGAUCCCGGUCCUCCCCUAGGUUGACUCAGCCUUAAAUGAGUACCUGGUGCUCAAAGGUUCCCAGAGAUGGUGCUGGCCCCACCACCCCUUUGUGUGUUCUACUGAGGUCUCAUCGACUCACAUAGACACCCACUCACAGACAUAUAUAGAGACCCACACACUCGCAUAGACACUCACAGACCUAUAUAGAGACCCACACACUCAC